GCGGCUCUCGCGAGAGUUGGUGCGGGACCGGCGGCGCGGCGGGCGGGGGGCCGGGCCGGAGCGGCGGCUGAGGCGGCGCUGGAGCGGCGGCCGGGCCGGGCCGCGCGGGGCCGGGCAGGCGGCGGGAGCGCCCAGCGCUGCGCGGGCGGAUCGUCCCCCGGCCUCCCUGUAUGUGAGAGACGGGGCCGGCGCCUCGCACGGAGCCGGGAGCCGCCGCCGCGGGAGGAGCGGAGGCUUCGGGGAGCGCUUCCUGCCCACCGCCCGCACCGCCGGGCGCGGCAGCCCCAGCAUGGAAGCCAUCGCCAAGUACGACUUCAAAGCCACCGCGGAUGACGAGCUGAGCUUCAAACGGGGGGAUAUCCUUAAGGUUUUGAAUGAAGAAUGCGAUCAGAAUUGGUACAAGGCAGAACUCAAUGGAAAAGACGGCUUCAUUCCCAAGAACUACAUAGAAAUGAAACCCCAUCCGUGGUUUUUUGGAAAGAUUCCCCGAGCGAAGGCUGAAGAAAUGUUGGGCAAACAGAGACACGAUGGUGCCUUCCUCAUCAGGGAGAGUGAGAGCGCUCCUGGGGACUUCUCACUCUCAGUCAAGUUUGGAAAUGAUGUGCAGCACUUCAAGGUGCUUAGAGAUGGGGCCGGCAAGUAUUUCCUUUGGGUGGUGAAGUUCAAUUCUUUGAACGAGCUGGUAGAUUAUCACAGAUCCACAUCUGUCUCCAGAAACCAGCAAAUAUUUCUCCGGGACAUUGAGCAGGUGCCACAGCAACCAACAUACGUUCAGGCCCUGUUUGAUUUUGACCCCCAAGAGGAAGGAGAGCUGGGCUUCCAUCGCGGAGACUUUAUCCAAGUCCUUGACAAUUCUGACCCCAACUGGUGGAAGGGAGCGUGCCGCGGACAGACGGGCAUGUUCCCACGCAACUACGUGACCCCAGUGAACCGGAACAUCUAGAGAUUAAAAUAUUAGAGAUUAUUUAAGGAAACCAGAGAAACAGUAAAUACACAUACAGAGCCUAACUGCAGCCAGUGACCUAAAAAUCACACGGCGGUAAAACCGGAGUCACCUUUCACCGUGAGGUGAUCCUCCUUCCCUCAGUAUGGAACUUCAGGGGCGGGGGGAAGAGUUCAACUUACACACCAAAACUUAUCUUAAAG